AUGGAGAGAAGCUCGUCCACAGCGGACCGUGUGUCUCCCGGUGUGUUUGUGUCGGUGUGUCCGGUGACUGAGGACAUGAUGGAGAAACUGUUAACGGUGACCGUGCUGACGGCUGUGGCUUUAAGUCAGGUCACCUGCAGCCCCGCCACACUGAAGAGGGUCACCAAGGCUCAGAUUUUGGGUUUUGACUGGAAGAACUGUGGGAAGCCAGAUGCUCCGGCGGUCCUGAAGACUCUGAGCGUGUCUCCAGAUCCCAUCUCCAUCCCAGGAGACCUGACCGCCUCCGCCUCUGGAUCCACAUCUGUAGAGCUCAAUGCUCCGCUGGCUGUGAAUGUGACCCUGGAGAAGGAGGUGGCGGGUUUCUGGGUGACUGUCCCCUGCCUGGAGGAGCUGGGCAGUUGUCACUAUCCGGACGCUUGUGACAUCCUGAACCAGCUGAUCCCUCCUGGUCAGGACUGUCCUGAGCCGCUGCACACCUACGGCCUGCCCUGCCACUGCCCCUUCAAAGCUGGCUCGUACUCUCUGCCUCAGUCAGACUUCUACCUGCCCUACAUGGAUCUUCCCUCCUGGCUGACCAACGGGAACUACCGUGUGCAGGGCAUCCUGGGUAGCCAGGGCAAAGAGCUGGGCUGCCUCAAAGUGGCUCUGUCCCUUCACUCCGACUAAACCAACGCUGCCGCCGCUGCCGCUGCCGCUGCCGCUGCCGCCGCCGCCGCCGCCGCCGCUGCUGCCGCCGCCGCCGCUGCCGCCGCCGCCGCUGCUGCCGCUGCUGCAGCUGCUGCAGCUGCUGCAGACACUCGGGAGGUUUCAGGUUGUCGUUUAUUUGCACAUAAACCAGUCAAAAAAUUGGGAAACAAAAGCAGAAGUUGCACAAAGUGUGAAACUGAGAAACUUCACAGGGUUUAUUCAAGUUUUUUUAUGAUCGACGACGGUGAGAAAAAAAGACGAUAAGCUCAUUUCAAAUUUUUGACGCACAGUUCUUUGGGAGAAAGAUGAGACAGAUAUUUUUGGGAAAAGAAAUCUAACAAAUCGUCUGACAACUGCAGAUAAAACUAAUAACAGACGAACAAUGUUCACAGAGUCCUUUAACCAUCAAACAUGGUGCAAUACAGUGAUUUUUUACUGGUGUACACAGAAACAAUAUUCACCUCUGUCUCUGUUCACACAGACUUCAGCUUCACUGGAAAUUAACAGCUACUUUGCAUGAAAGUGACGCUUUAACAUCAUCACAUGCAAACACUGAGAACCACAGGGAAUAUAUCACAAAUACUUUUACUUUGGGAGGUUUGAUGUUUGGUUCUUCCACUGUUUAUGGGUGUAUUUACUGUUAUAGAACGUGAAACAUGUUCGAUGUAUUUCAAUCAGAAACAUUGAUCCUUUUUAAAAAUCUAUAAGUAGACUUUUAUUUCAACUUAUAGUCAGAUAUAAAUUAAGUUUAUGUCCAGGACAUCAUCCAGGACACUUCACAGUUUCAGCCUCUGAUGGCUUUGAGACCUUAAUAAAGUUGUUCACUGACUCAAAGUCAAAAACAAUCGCAUAAACAUUCUGCCUUUAUUGUGUGACAGUGUGACGUCACAGUGCGACCAAGAGAUGCCAAAAAAUAUCUUAAAUUAUCCCAUCACAUGAACCCUGUUGUGCCUCGCUGCUGAAACGUUGCUUCAUUUCUGUUCAUCCACAGAGAAAAAGAAUCAGAAUUAUUCAGUGUUUCAGAUUAUUGGAGACAAUUAGCCGAUAAUCAAAUCAGAUCAACGGCUGAAUCCAGACGUCCGCACUUCACUGCACUUGCAGAUUUUGCGGGCGGGUUCUCGGGAAGUCUGGGAGUGCUGAGGGCUCUGAAUCCACAAUUCAUCCAGUCCAUGAGGGGCCUGAAGAUACAGACUGAAUUAUUUACCCACAGUUCAUUGCAAUACGGACAUGAUGUUGAGUUUUUUUUUUCAAUUGACUGACUGAAAACCAAGACAAACAUAUCAUGACCGUAAAACAAUUAUUGGAUUAAAAUGUUACUUGAAUCAUGUAGGUCAGAAAUAAUAUUAAACCACAAUAUGAUACAGAAAUAUGUAGAAGCAGAGGCCAUAGAGGGAUUAAAAUGCUUUUCAUUAUAGCAGCCUAACUUUAUAAUAGCUGUGCAGUGUAGUGCCAAAUAUAUAGGCUCGGAAAAUUAGCCAAAAAUAACAACAAACAAAGGUCCAAUGUAACUUACACCCGGUGUAAUCAGUCAUCGUGCGGCCCUAUUUACUAAAAUGUCCGUGUUUGUACAGCGAGUCUCUGUUGUCGCAGACUUUACAUGAUGACAGUGAACACAUCACAGUACAAACACCUGAAGUCCAGAGGGCAGACGUUUAGAUUCAGUCUGAUCUGACAUCACAUGUGUCAAAGACUUUGAGUCAAGGUUUUGUUUUUUGUAAUGGAUAAAUCCAUGUAGCAUCAGCUCUGUUAAAAUAAUAACAUCCUUCAUACAUGCUCAUGUGCUCAUGUGCUCUUUCCUCUGUGUGUGAUUUUGCUUUUUUAAAAUUGUUUUCAUUUCAGUUAUUAAUUGUUUCUUUUUUUACUUCUUUAAUGGGAUGUUUUUAAAAAAAGGGGUCAGUGAAUCACUGCUGGGAAUAAAAACGGCAUAUUCAUGUAGUUUAACUGAUCGUAGCCAAUAUGGCAUAUUUUUUAUUGAUCUCUGUUUUUACCGAGUGCCUGAUCAGAUCUUUACGAGGAGUUAGUGAAUCGAUGCUGUAGAAAUGAACAAAAGAGGAAAAGAAAUCAGGUCGUUAUGAUUUUAAUUUGUUCUAAAUGUUCAGUGUUGAUAACGACGACGACAGAUUAUGUUUGUACAGUUUUUAAUAAACAUUAUCUUAUAGACGA